AUGAAAAAAGCUUUCGACAGCGCAGAAACGAAUGCAGUACCGUCAGUGCUGGUCGAUCAAGGUGUGGACGCGUCGUACGUGAGGACAUUAGCCAGUUGCUACGAUCGAUCCACUGCUAAAAUACAGCUUUUCCACCACCCCCUCACGAUACUCAUUGGAAAGGUGAUACGACAAGGCGAUACUAUAUCGCCGAACCAACUGUCGGACCAAGAUCUCCGUACCCAUCUGUUCGGCUCGACAGUUCUUUCAGAGCUCUGUUACGCAGCGGAGACGUGGGCAAGCACUGCUGCCACGUUCAAGAAGCUAGUUACACCAUACAGACCCUUUGAGAGAUUUCUCCUCGAGACACACGACAUCAAGCCAAUUUUUGCAGCUCCGAUUUAA